AUGAAUCAAUCGGAAGAGAAACCCCCUGGUCAAAAAGUAUCAAAAGUUUCGAGGGUGAGCUAUUCCAGCGAUGUUAUUCUCGCAAUUGUACCAAUGCCUGACAAUAAAAUGCCAGAUAAGAUGUGA